GUUUUGUUAGGUUUUUUUUCCUGAAACAAUAUUAUUUUGGUGUUGCACUUCAGUCUGACUUGUCAGUUGCAUCCUUCGAAAUAAACACUUUAGACAAUGGCACUUUCCAAUGAAGAAGUGGCAAAAGCGUGCAUGGAGCCUGACGAAUCAACCAAGGAGUUCUUUUUUCAACAGACAAUGAUGAGGAUAAAGGAUCCUAAAAAAUCCUUAGAGUUUUACACUAAUGUCAUGGGAAUGAGGUUAUUAAAGAAGUUGGAUUUUCCAGCUAUGACAUUCUCAUUGUAUUUUAUGGGUUAUGAUCAACCAGAAAACAUCCCUACUGAUGAAAAAGAGAGGACUCGAUAUUGUUUCUCACAGAAAGCAACAUUAGAGUUAACUCACAACUGGGGAACAGAAAAAGAUGACAGUCAUUAUCAUAAUGGAAACAGUGAUCCUAGAGGGUUUGGUCAUAUUGGAAUGGUUGUACCAGAUGUAGACAAAGCUUGUGAAAGAUUUGAAAAACUUGGUGUAGAAUUUGUCAAGAAACCUAAUGAUGGUAAGAUGAAAGGGCUUGCAUUCAUUAAAGAUCCUGAUGGUUAUUGGAUAGAAAUCCUCAAUCCAAACAACAUGGCCCAAUAGACAAUUGCCAUGUUAACAUUAAUUACCAUUGAUCAUGUAACAAUUACAAUGUGACAAUCUACAAUUCUUGACAUGCAUCCGUCAUUUAUAAGUUUUCUACUAUAAAUAUUAUACAUGUAAUCAGAGCUUUAAAGGUCUUAUAGUAAACGAAAUUAAAUUAUGUCUGAGCUGACAUAAUAUUCUGUUAAUAAUUGUUUUGUGUGUGUCCCCAUAGAAAUUAAUAUAUUCUUGUGCCAUUUUUACACAUUAAUGAAUACUUGGAUUAUGGGAUACUAUUUACACUUGUUAAUAUAUUAUUAUGACAUUAUAUAGUGGUCAGGGAUUUUUUGCUUAGUUUUAUCAAUGCUUUUGAGAACACAAGACUACUAUUUGUAGAAUGAAGAGUUGUUUAUAUGUAUGGAAUGUUCAAUACCUCAAUUUUUUCCGAGUCAAAAUGUUUAUGUUGCCUGGGUUUUUUUUUAUGGAUAAUGUAUACAGGCAUGGUGCUAAGGUAACUGUCUUGUUAUUCUUAAGUUUAUCAGUAUAAAAGGAACUAGUUGAUGAAAAGAACACUUCUUAAUAAAUGUACAUUCAUUCAUAUCUGUUAUUUCUCAGAAAUGAGACUCUUCUACAUAAACCUAAAUACAUUUUUUUGGUGGGGUCACUUUAACCAUUCUGGAGUUAUGCCCCUUUAUAAAUGAAAAAAAAAGCAAAUUUUUAGUUUCUGUUCACUCAACUUAGUACCAAAUAUUAUGAAACUUAUACACGAUGCUUAUUACCACACAGAUCAAGUUGAAUUUUGGUGGCGUCACUUUAACCAUUAUCCAAAUACGUCCCUUAAUAAAUUGAAAAAUUGCCAAAUUGUUAGUUUCUGUUUUGUAACUUAAGUUUGCCCCAACCAAAUGUUAUGAAACCUAUACACAUUCCAAUUACCACAAA